UAAAGACUGGAGCUACGUAGGCUACAUUGUGGAGUAAAACCCAAAGCCUAAAGGAGCUGAAUAAGUCUGAUAAAUCAUCAAAUCGAAGUUUUAUUUUUUGGAUAGGUGAACCAAAGGGAUGGGGACAAAUGUGGACGACUUCACGAGGCUUCUGUAUGACUGCGAGCUGUUUGUGACAGAGAUUCUUCAUGGUGAGAACCUGAGUGAAUCUGCAGAAGAGACACGACAGGUCCUGCUGAAUAACUUCAGGGUCGUCCAUUCAAGAAACCCUGAGGAGUUUCCUAUAAGAUUGGAUUUAAGGGAAGAUGAAGGCUCCGAUGACAACCGCAGUUCCAGCCUGGGUCGCUCGGCCCCUUCAGACGACGCCUCAGUAGUGUCUGACUACCAGGAAGAUGGAGUGGCUGACUACGAUGAGGAUAUCCUUCCAGUGGCAGCCUAUGAGCUCACCAACAUCCUGAAGCAAGGUUACUUGGAAAAGAAACGAAAAGACCACAGCUUCUUUGGACCAGAGUGGCAGAAGAGAUGGUGCAUCCUGAACAAUUCGAUAUUCUACUACUUUGGGAGUGAAAAAGAUAAACAGCAGAAGGGUUCAUUUUAUAUCAAUGACUACACUGUACAGAUGGUGACCAACCUGAGAAAAGACUCCAAAAGAAAAGCCUGUUUUGAGCUCAGUGCUCCCGGAAAACGGCCCUUCCAGUUCACUGCCAGCAGCCCUCAAGAGGCCAGAGAAUGGGUGGACCAAAUCAAUUUUGUACUUAGAGAUCUCAGCUCCAACUUCAUCCCCGUCGAUGACGAGGAGGAGGAGGACGAGGAUACCUACGAUGAUAUCGAGGGGGUGGCCAACGAAACCCAGACUCGGCCGACCCCGGCCUCCCGGGGAGGAGGAGUAGGCAGAGGACAGGAGAUAGAGGAGGAGGAUGACGAGGAAGAAGAUAUCUACGAGGAGCUGCCAGAUGAAGAACUUGGAAAUCCAGGUGAUGAGAGCGACGAGAAGAGCAGCAAACAAGUUUGGUCCUCAGAUUAUUCCAACUACUACCAGGGUUUGUGGGAUUGCCAGGGCGACGAGUCAGAUGAACUGACCUUCGAGAGAGGAGAUCUCAUCUACAUCAUCAGCAAGGAGUACAACAUUCACGGGUGGUGGGUCGGCGAGCUAAACGGCACCGUGGGCAUCGUCCCCAAGGACUUCCUGCAGCCUGCCUACAUCCUCUGAGCUCCAACAGCGCUGCGGCUGCCGGCACGUCCUGCCAUGAAUUACGCUGACACAUCUGUCAGAUAAGCUUUUGGCAUUUCAAAAUUAUUCCCCUUUUAUACCAAUGUAAAUUAUUAUAUUAUCACCUAAACCUGCUGCAGCUGUACUUACUCUUGUACACUAUAAGCCAUUUAUAAAAGCCUGUUUAAAAAUAAAAAUAAAAAUCAAAGUGCACACUAGAGCUGGAGUAAUUAGUCUGUUAAUCAGUUUUGAUAAGUGAUCAAUCAUCCUAAAUGUGAGAUUUCUCAUUUUCUUUAUCUUUAUAAGUCUCAACCACUGUUUAGAAAAUUCAGAAAAAUGCCAAACUAAACAGUGAAUGUGUUAAUUCAAAUAAAAUGACAGACACAUCAAUAAUUAAAAGCAUCAUUAGCUGCACUUUGAGUGAUUAAGAAUGUUGCAUGCAUGCAUUUAUCAAUCC